CUUGUCUGAUGAGGUCACAGUCAGUCUUUUCCAGUGAGAUUCCAGUCACAAUGCUCAUGGAUUAUAAUCACAUUUAGAGUCAGUGACCCCCUGCUUUCUGUUAUUUUAACGCCCUUUUCUGCUCAUUUUAGCUUGUAGCAGCGUUUUAGCUUUAUUCACGCGUCCCAUGUCUAUGCUGAUUGCAGGCAGGACCUCCGGUGUGGGGAAGACCACUCUGGUGCGGAAAGCGUGUGAGGCGCUGACCAGGUCUGGUGAGACCCUGGACGGGUUUUACACGGAGGAGGUACGGGAAGGUGGGAGGAGAGUCGGGUUCGAUGUGGUGACCCUGUCAGGGAAAAGGGGCCAUCUGUCAAGAGUCGGGGAAUCCUCGGGUCAUUCUUCUGGGAGGCGGGAGUACAGGGUGGGCCAGUAUGUCGUCGAUCUGCCAUCGUUUGAAAACCUGGCACUCCCUCUGUUCAGAAAUGUGGGCGUGGCAGUGGGCAGGGGAAAGAGGCCUGUGUUUGUGAUCGAUGAGAUUGGGAAGAUGGAGCUCUUCAGCCAGUCGUUUGUGCGAGCAGUGAGGCAGGCUCUGGAUGGCAACGGCUGCUCCAUUCUGGGGACCAUCCCCAUCCCAAAGGGCAAGCCUUUGGGACUUGUUGAGGAGGUUCGCAGUAGGAGAGAUGUGAAGGUGUUCACCGUUACCAAGGACAACAGAGACGUUAUUCUGCAGGACGUCGUUGCUGCAGUGCAAGAGUGCGUAAAAUAAGCACCUUAGCACAGGAGGAAUGAGCUUGGCGUGUGUGAACGCACGGCCAGAUAAUACCCCCUGUUUAAUGCCCCAGUGCCUCCUGUUUAACUCGCCCCUCCUGGUUAGCAGCAGGAGGAGCGUCGCUGCCACAGUGGAGGAGCGGGGUUAACGUGCCGGCUUUGUGAUGUCAGUCACGAGUUUGUAAUCUGCGCUUUCGCCGAGGGCCAGCCCCUGGAACAUUUAGGCUAAUUUGAGACUGCGCAGGGGGCUGCGUCUGGCGCAGCUCCACUGAGGAGCGCGGGGCGGGAGGUCAGCGCAGUGUUCCGUGCACAGAUUAGGACUCCGGGCUCAUGCGGUGUGAAAAGAAUCCGCGUUUAAAAGCCGCUAACAACGCCGACAGGCCCUUGGCGGCUUGUCUUAUUGCAUAAAUUAUUGUAAAUAAAUCUGCUUUGGGAACAUAAAUGACAGGUUAUAUUUUGCAGGGACACAUUAGUCGGUGAUGUGUUUUUCUGUGGUUUUUUUUUUUUUUCCUGUCCUGAAAUAUUGCAACUACAGGUUUGUUCAGACUAUACUGUGGCAUAUAGCAGUGGUUGAAAAUAAAAUGUUGAAUCGGUUAA